UGCGAUUCAAAUUUUUAGCGCUCGUUAUCGGAAGAGUGAGACGGGUGUCUUUUAAUUCAUACUUAUAUAGGCUAUUAUACAGUUUAUCGACGUAGUGGGCGCGUGAAUACGGUACAACGAUGACCUGUCGACGAAGUGAAGCUCUGGCAUUCUCUCUUGUUACUGAGAUCAAUCAUGCGAUGGCAAGACUGGUGGAUAUAUGGGACAGCAUUGGCAUCAUGGAAGAUCAGAGGGUGGAGAGAAUGCAAACUGUAAAAAAGCAUAUUGAUGGUCUUUUACAUUCUAUGAUCAUGGAGGAAGAGGCCCUACGUCAUCGCAUCAGGGCCGAUAUCAUUACCUCCCAGAAACAAUUGGAUACAUUGUGCUUGGAGCUGGCAGUGGAGCCAUUCAAAUUGGAGGAAGGCCUUACAGUUCUGCAGAUGGAGAAGAACCUGCGUUGCCAUGUUGAAUAUCUUCAGAAAGAUAAGAAUGACCGUCUGAGAGAGAUGAAUGAUCUGAGAAAGCAGGAUGAGGAGUUGUGUGUGACUCUGUGUGCCACCCCAUAUUACAUCCCAACAGGAAGUGUGCCCUCUCAAACCCAGUUGCAGGAACUCCAGCAGCAUGUCGAGAAACUCUGCAUUGAAAAAGAGAGCAGGGUGAAGGUGUUCUCUGGGCUCAGGGAGGACAUCAGGAGUUUGAUGGAUGAGAUGGGACAUGAACCUGAAAGCAGUUUGGAAAGGGAGUCUAUCUGCCCCGACACUGACAUUUUUCUGCUCACACAUGACAAUAUCAAAGCCUUGAAGCUGCUGCUCAGCCAGCUGGAAAUGAAAAAGGAAUCCUUGAUUUCAGCCAGAGACAAACUCAAGGAGCGAGCUACGAGCCUGUGGAAUCGUCUGAGUUGUCCAGAGCCGGAAGGCGAGGCAUUCCAUGAGGCUGCCAUGAGCACUCUCUCUGAUGAUAUCAGACGGUGGAAGGGCGUUGUAGAACAUCUGGAGGAACUGCAGAUGGCUCAGCUCGAGGACGUGAUUGAUAAGGUCCGACAGGAGCUUGUGGUUCUGUGGGAGAAAUGCAUGUUUGGACCAGAACAGAGAGAUGCAUUCAGUGUUCACUUCUGUGAUAAUCAUUACACAGAGGAGCUACUGGCCCUGCAUGACGAAGAGCUGCUGAAAAUGAAGACCUUUUAUGAGACUGCUCAGACAAUUCUGGAGGACCUGGAGAAAUGGAAGAGGAACUGGGCCCUCUUUCAGGAGUUUGAGAGAAAGGCUGCAGAUCCAAAUCGAUUCAGCAACCGAGGAGGGUCUUUGCUCAGAGAGAGUAAGGACAGGGCCAAAGUGCAGAAACUGCUCCCCAAGCUGGAGGAGGAGUUAAGAUGCCAUGUGGAGGAAUGGGAAAAGAAUAAGUGCACCGCCUUCCUUGUGCAAGGGCAAAGGAUCAUGUAUUUCAUCUCCAGCCAGUGGGAAGAGCAUCGUUUGCAGAAAGAUAAGGAGAAGAAUGACCGGAUGACAAAGAAAGCUGAAAUCUCUCAGUUUAAAACUCCAACAAAGAGAGCCCUUGGGACGGCAUAUACCACCACAACCCCCAACAAAAUUAGAAAGACGCCCAAUAUGCUGGUACCCUGCACUGCCACAGUAAGCAGCGUCAGUAGUGCCAGUAGCAGCGGUUCCUCCACCACGUUUCUGUGUGUGCCAGGAAGGCCUCAACUCUCUGCCAAGAGGAAUAAGACUACAGAGGCCAGCUCUGGACCUCGUGUUCCGCUGCAGGAGUUCAACAGUGACAAAAAGCCGGUUCUUGAGAGCUACUCCGACUUUACUAAUGAGCUCUCCAAGAAGGCCAGCUAUGAUGCUUUUCUUAAUUCUACUGUUAAAGACAUGCUGUGAUCAUCUUGUCAACAUUGAAACUAUUUGGUUUUUAUGUAUUUAUUUUCUGUGAAGCUUAGGUCACAAAUGGUCAUGUCAGUAUUAAGACUGUACAGCACAAUUUCAGGCAUUCUCAGGUAUUUUCUUAUCUAGAUUUGACGAGUGUAGUGACUUUUUUUCAGACUUGUUUUAAAUACUUUUUUUUUUAUCUUGCCCCUCACUCUUUUAUGCUUAUCUAGUCAGAAUAUGUAUAUAUUAGCUCAUAAGUAGGUCAGUCCUUUGCAUUUCUUUGUACAUACAGCACUUUUUUUUUUCUUCAAAAAAUAAAAUGCUUCUUUAUACAUUUCUAAUUAAAUAUUAAAAUCUUUUUUCUUUUUAGUCUGCACACUUUAUACAUUUCUUCACCCUGAAUUCUCCAGAAUACCUAGACAUAAAUCCUUAAGUUGCUUGUAGUGAUAGAUCGAUUAUACAGUGCAUCCGGAAGGUAUUCACAGUGCUUCACUUUUUCCACAUUUUGUUAUGUUACAGCCUUAUUCCAAAAUGGAUUAAAUUCAUUAUUUUCCUCAAAAUUCUACAAAAAAUACCCCAUAAUGACAAUGUGAAAGAAGUUUGUUUGAAAUCUUUGCAAAUGUAUUAAAAAUAAAAAACGAUGAAAAAAAAAAAAUCACAUGUACAUAAGUAUUCACAGCCUUUGCUCAAUACUUUGUUGAAGCACCUUUGGCACCAAUUACAGCCUCAAGUCUACAUGCUUGGCACACCUAUUUUUGGGCAGUUUCUCUCAUUCUUCUUUGCAGGACCUCUCAAGCUCCAUCAGGUUGGAUGGGGAGCGUCGGUGCACAGCCAUUUUCAGAUCUCUCCAGAGAUGUUCAAUCGGGUUCAAGUCUGGGCUCUGGCUGGCCACUCAAUGACAUUCACAGAGGUGUCCCGUAGCCACUCCUUUGUUAUCUUGGCUGUGUGCUUCGGGUCGUUGUCCUGUUGGAAGAUGAACCUUCGCCCCAGUCUGAGGUUCAGAGUGCUCUGGUUUUCAUCAAGGAUGUCUCUACAUUGCUGCAUUCAUUUUUCCAUCAAUCCUGAGUCUCCCAGUUCCUGCUGCUGAAAAACGUCCCCACAGCAUGAUGAUGCUGCCACCACCAUGCUUCACUGUAGGGAUGUUAUUGGCCAGGUGAUGAGGUUUCCUCCAGACAUGAUGCUUGACAUUCAGGUCAAAGAGUUAAAUCUUUGUUUUAUCAGACAAGAUAAUUUUGUUUCUCAUGGUCUGUACAAUCCUGUAUCUAUGACAUGCUCGGUUUACUGUGGGACCUUAUACAGAGAGGUGUGUGCCUUUCCAAAUCAUGUCCAAUCAACUGAAUUUACCACAGGUGGACUCCAAUCAAGUUGUAGAAACAUCUCCAGGAUGAUCAGUGGAAGCAGGAUGCAUCGGAGCUCAAUUUUGUGAAUACUUAUGUACAUGUGAUUUAUUUUUAUUUUUUUUAAACAAACUUCUUUCAGGUUGUCAUUAUGGGGUAUUUUAAUCCAUUUUGGAAUAAGGCUGUAACAUUACAAAAUGUGGAAUCGAACUGGAAGGAGCACAAUGGAAAGAACAAUGGCAUAUCCAUCAAACACAGGCUUUUAUGUAAUUGAUAAGACAAAAAUGUUAUUUAAGUGCUGAACAGAAUGAAUGGUGAGGAUUUUUUUUUUUUUCUAAACUUAAUAGGUUUUAGAUCUUCACUGUACAAUACAUUCAGUCAAAUUACACAGUGAUGCAAUAAAAGUAAAAAAUAAAUAAAAAAAAGUCACACAGUGACAAAUCACUACUUUUCACAGAAGUCAAAACUGCAUGUAAAACAUAAAUGCAUUAAUGGUUAAAGAUUGAGUAUCUUGUCUUUUCCUAAGUCAGAAAAUCUGCAUUUAAGGAAAUGGUUUGCAGGAUGCAAGAAUAAUCGCAUGCCUAAAUGAUUGGGCACUUUCACCCACCUGCUGAGGAGUAUGUAUUUGUCAUAGUUUGUCUGACUUUAAUGUUCCUCAGAACUUGAAAGAUGAGAACCGCUUAAAGAAUUUUCAAGCUGAUCAAGAGAAAUUUCUCUUUAGAGUGCAGUUUUUGCCCAAACUUUCCCCAGCUCCUUGAAACAUUCCUGGACAUAUAUGGUUUUACACUGAUUUAAGCAGUUCUGUAAAAUGCCUGCAUGCUAAAUUCAUUUCAACAUAAGUUCUGUGAAAUAGGCCUACUGGAUAUAGUCAGUCAUAACCAUCAAAUGGCAUCUGUAGGCAUGUGAAUUAUGAGGCAAUAACAGACUCCUGCGACUCCAGUUCACUUGACAGGAUUCGGUUGGAAUUGUCACUGUACCUUCGGUUCGGUAGAAAUGACAAUCUGAAGGGAAGAAACAUGGAAAAUGUUAAUAUAAUAUUCUGCUUUCUUGGAAAAGAAGCAAUUGCACUUCAAUAUAAAUUGUACUUUUUUGGCUAUUGGCUUUGUAAAAAGUAAAUGGGUAGCAGAAACAACGUGUCCAUGGACUGUAUCUGUAUUCCAGAUUAAAAGAAAUAUUUUAUUUUAAAUCAUAAAAACCAGUUAGGAUUUCCAUCACAAUUCUGGAUGGAAAUAAUUAUAUUCAUGCCUGUAGCAGGACAUGAUCCCCCAAAUAUUCAGAUGUGGUUGACUCAUAUAUUACUAUUUGCAUCUUCCUCCCAUCCUAAAUCGUUGGAUGCAUCCUUAAGAAUUAGAAUUAAUCAUGAGACACAUAUGUUAUAAUUGGUGGCUUUGACACAUAGCUGAGCAUUUUCUGACUCUUAAUGGAUGUUUGUCCUUUUCAUGCAACAAGGUUAAAUUAGACGUAAAUUAAAGUGUCUAAUUAUAGUCAGAGAAAUGCAUUUCUCUUUAAGUGACGCCUACUUGUCUUGACAUCCAAACCCAUUAAGAAAGACUGUUGCUUCUAGGGAUCCAUUUAAAUUAGAUUAUGGAAAUUUUGUUUUCUCUAAAUCGAAAAUAAAGAGAAUCUAAAACAGUGUCCGGUUUAAAACUAUUUUGACUUAUUAAGAGUUCUUGUGUAUUUUAGCUCAACAACAAUGUUUUACCUGAAGAACAUUAUAAUCACAGUGAAUGUUGAUGCUACUUAAAUCCCAAAGACAUUAUGAUAAAUAAUUUGUACCCAGCAUGUCUUAUGUUAACUUCAGUACAUGAAGCCUCACCAAAUUCAUCACACAAAGUAAGCCAAUGGACAGGAAAGAAACACUAUCACAGGAACAAAAUGAAUGUACAGUUUUUUUAUUACAAGCUUUCCACUUGUAUUUAUUUUAUUAUCUUAACAUUCAAUAAGGCUCAAAUAAUAAGCCUUAUUAAUAAGUACAAUAUAAUAUAAGUACAAAUAAUCUGUGUUCCUGUGAGGCAGCUUUAAAAGUUCUUAUUGUGUUUGGUCCAUCUCUAUCUUUACUUUCAUUACUCUCUAUACUGUAAUGUAGAGUACUGUCCACUUGAAACGUAUUAAUUAAGGCUUGGGGCAAAAAUACUAUUAAAAGUUACAAAAUGCCCCACACAUUUAAAAUGUGCCGAAAAAAUUCCCAUGUUGAGAAUUCAACUUUUUUCAAAUCUGCUGUCUAUAAUAUUUGAUGUUCUAUUCUAGGUCUGUUCAGUUGUAGAAUGAGUUUGGAGCCUCUGCUGAUCCUAUAGUGUUAUAGUAUCAGCAGAUAUUAGUGGGGGCAAAUAUUGUCCCUUAAUAAAGAAAAAUAAUGACACUGGUUGUGAACAUACAUUGCCUAAUUAAUAUUCAUGAGUAAAAUUUAAAAGGUUUAUUGUCCUCUCAAUUAUUUGCAUGUGGUGCUUACUGCAAAUCUACACAGCAUCAAGUUCUGCAUUCAAGAUUCAAGUUCUUACAUUCUAAAAGACAUGGAUAAUGAGCAUCAAAUUCUGUUUAUCGAGCAUGAACAGGGCUUCGCAUGGUUCUAUGCACAACAUGCCAUUCAUUUAACCAUGAUACAGCACAACAACAGCUGUCUGGUGGAACGACACAGCUAAAGAAUGUGUCAUGGGGUUGAUGAGGGUGUAUAGAGUAAUUGACUCAUGUGAGUUUGACUUGAGGAAAGUUUGGCUGAGUGUUGGGAGGGUAAGACUGAGGAAUUCUCAGCCUGACCAUGUCACACAAGCCACAAACUCACUAAGUUCCUCAGCACAUUCUCAACUCUCAGACAGGUUUUCCUUCUUCAAUAAAAAUAUGACCUCUAAAAUUGGACCUCUCUUUUAACUGUAUGGCACCCCCAUAAACUGAUCUGUGUUUCCUAAAAGUCAACAAAAACACUAGAUUUUCUGAAUUAUAUGUGUGAGUUGUUAUAUGUCAAUAUCCAAAAUUUAAUAGCAGUGCUUAACAGGGCAGGAUAAUUUGCUACAAGAUGGACUUUGCUUAGCCAUUCAAAAGCAGCAAAACAGUUGGUUAAGUUCAGUUCGGAACAAACAGUGAGCAUGAAGUUAUAUUCUUGACCAGAACUUCUACUUAAAAUACUGUUUGAAUUAAUAAUCAGUCAUUUUACCACUUAAUGUCUUUCACGCUGGACAAUGCAAUGAAAUACACUAAUCAUUAUAAAUGUCCCAGAAGAAACGAUGUACCCUUUGGGUCAACAAGCAAUUUCUAGAAACCCUUUUCAGACAGUUCUCACAAACUGUUACAUAAAAUCAGUAAUCCAGUUCAGAUGAGUUCCCCCCUUUAUGAGCUACAUUAUUCUCCUAAUGUCAAGUAAUACUCCCCAUAU